GGUUGUCAAUGUCAGCUGUCAGCCAACCGCUUUAAAAAAUUAACGCCAUAUUUGUUUGAUAUCUUUUUGUAUUCAACCAUUCAUUUUCAUGCAAAAGAAAAGUUUUUAUUAAUUUAGAAAAUUUGGAAAACUCCUAAAACAGCGCUAUUAAAAUGGCUGCUAGAUUGAAACAUAUUGAGGUAGAAAACUUCAAAUCCUAUCGAGGAAGAAAAGUCAUAGGUCCUUUGAAACCAUUUAAUGCUGUUAUCGGUCCAAAUGGAUCAGGAAAAUCAAAUUUUAUGGAUGCCAUCAGUUUUGUAAUGGGCGAAAAAACACAAAGUUUGAGAGUGAAGAGAUUAAGUGAUUUAAUACAUGGAGCUGCUAUAAGUAGACCAGUUUCAAGGAGCGCUUCUGUCUGUGCUGUGUUUUUUCUUGAUGGUGGCAAAGAAAAGGCCUUUCAAAGAUCUGUUCAAGGAUCUUCUUCAGAAUAUAGAAUUGAUGGCAAUGUUGUUACAUCAAACGAAUAUCUUGGUGAAUUGGAAAAACUAAAAAUCAAUGUUAAAGCUAAGAAUUUCCUUGUAUUUCAAGGUGCAGUUGAGUCUGUAGCUAUGAAAAAUCCUAAAGAAAUGACUUCUCUUUUCGAAGAAAUUAGUGGUUCUGGAGCACUAAAAGAGGACUACAACAGACUAUUCCAAGAUAUGCAGAAGGCUCAGGAAGAGCUUAAUAUGGCUUACCAAAAGAAGAAAGGUAUUAAUGCUGAGAAAAAAGAGGCUAGAUUGGAGAAAGAAGAAGCUGAUAAAUAUGCUCGUCUAAAGGAUGACUUGAAUGACAAACUAGUAGAACAUCAAAUAUUCCGACUAUUCCACAAUGAAAGGGAAAUGAAAAACCUCGAACAAGAUCUCAAAUCGAAACAAAAGGAAGUGGACAAAAUCGAAAAGAAAAAAGAAAAAUUCGAAGACGUUCUUAAAGAAAAGAAAAAAGAACACGGCAAAUACAAUCGCGAUCUGGCCAAAAUCGAACAAGAUAUUAGAGAAGUGGAAGUGGAAAUAUCCAAAAAGAAGCCGCAAUUCAUAAAAGCCAAAGAAAGGGUGACUCAUAUGCAGAAUAAACUCGAUGGUGCGAUUAAAACUUUGGAUAAAGCAAGGAAGGCACACGAGGCUCAUAUGAAUGAUAUAAAAAAGUUAGAAGAUGAAUUGCACACUGUUGAAAAGAAAAAAGAAGAGUACGAAACUCAAAUAGCUGGAGAAUCUCAGAGUCAAGGGAAAGACGUCCAACUUGAAGAUGCUCAAAUUAGACAGUAUCAUCGAUUAAAGGAAGAUGCAGCAAAAAGUUCUGCAAGAUACAUGCAAGAACUCGAUUCGGUAAACAGAGAACAGAAAGCUGAGCAAGAUCGUUUGGAUAAUAUUUCUAGAAUGAGAACCGACGCUGAAAACAAGCACAGACAAAAACUUCACGAAAUUGAGGAAAUGGAAAAGAGGAUUGAAAAACUAACUGAACUUAUCAGAACCAGCCAACAAACGUUACACGAUCAAAAACAGACAAGAGAAGGCUUGAAAUCUGACGUGGGCUUUUCUAAAGGUAGAGUUCACGAAAUUCAAAAGCAAUUGGAAGAUGUGAUGGAACAACUUGGUGAUGCAAGAACUGAUAAACAUGAAGAUGCUAGAAGGAAGAAAAAACAAGAAAUUGUGGAAAGAUUCAAGAGCAAUUAUCCUGGUGUGUACGACCGCAUGAUAAACAUGUGUCACCCAAUCCACAAACGCUACAACGUUGCCAUUACUAAAAACUUGGGUAAAUACAUGGACGCCAUCGUUGUUGACACUGAGCAUACCGGUAGACAAUGUAUCAAAUAUCUCAAGGAACAAAUGUUGGAACCAGAGACUUUCCUUCCACUCGAUUACCUUCAAACCAAACCUAUCAAAGAACGAUUGAGGAACAUUACUGAACCAAGAGGUGUUAAACUAAUUUACGACGUGCUGCAAUUCGAACCCGAGGCCAUCGCCAGAGCCGUUAUGUUCGCCACAAAUAACGCUUUGGUUUGCGAAACUCCGGAAGACGCUAUGAAGGUUGCGUAUGAACUCGGAGGUAGACUCGAUGCUGUCGCUUUAGACGGAACAUACUAUCAGAAAUCCGGUAUCAUUUCCGGAGGUAGUUUGGAUCUCGCAAGAAAAGCGAAAAGAUGGGACGAGAAACACAUGGCGCAGUUGAAAGCUCAAAAGGAAAAGUUAACAGACGAGUUGAGAGAGGCUAUGAAGCAAUCAAGAAAGGAAUCUGAAUUGAAUACAGUUGACUCCCAAAUUAGAGGAACUGAGACUCGUUUAAGAAUGACCAAGACUGAUAUGGAGUCAACGAAAAAACAAAAAAACUUGGUCGAACGUGAACUCGGUCGUCUGGAUGAAGAAAUGAAGAAGUACGGUCCGCAGUUUGAAGCGAUCGAAAAGAGCAUGCAGAAUCGAGAACAAGAAAUCGAAGAAAUUAAAUUGAAGAUGAACAGCGUCGAAGAUGUAGUUUUUUCAGAUUUUUGCAGGGAAAUUGGAGUGAAAAACAUCAGACAGUACGAAGACAGAGAAUUAAGAGCGCAGGAAGAACGAAAGAAGAAAAGAUUCGAAUUCGAGAAGCAGAUCAAUAAAAUCACAAGUAAUUUAGAUUUUGAGAGAAGCAAAGACACUCAAAAUAAUGUAAGCCGUUGGGAACGUACUGUAAACGACGAAGAAGAAAAACUAGAAACCUGCAAGAAACAGGAAGCCAAACAAAGAGACGAAAUCGAUAAAGACCUUCAACAAGUCGAACAACUAAAAGUGUUGAGAUUGAACAAGAAACAAGAAGUCGAAGCUGCCGAUGACGAAGUCGGAAAAGCGAGAAGAGAAGUAGGCGCGGUCGCAAAAGACGUACAAGCUGCCCAAAAGGCGGUUGUAUCUUUGGAAGGAAAAAUCGAAUCAAAGAAAAGUGAGAGACAUACGAUUCUCAUGCAGUGCAAGAUGGAUGACAUAGCAAUACCAAUGAUAGUUGGAAAUAUGGAAGAUAUUGCUGCAACUGAUCCAUCUGCUUCAUCUUCUACUAGUGAAGCUAAUUCUAGUGCAGUACAACAUGAAAAAGAAGCCAGGAUUAAAAUCGACUACAGAAGUCUCAAUGAAGAUCUAAAAGAUUUAGACGAAAGAGAUGAAAUUAAAAAAAAAGCUGACAAGCUUCUUAAACAAAUCCAUCAACUACAAGAUACCUUGGGUAAAAUACAAGCUCCCAAUAUGAGAGCUAUUGAAAAAUUACAAUUGGCAUGUGGUAAACUGCAAUCUACCAAUGAGGAAUUUGAGAGUUUGCGAAAACAAAACAAGAAAGCUAAAUCUGCAUUCGAGAGAGUCAAGCAACAGCGAUACGACAAAUUCACAAGAUGUUUUGACCAUGUGUCUAAUGAAAUUGAUAAUAUUUAUAAAUCUUUGGCUCAGAAUCAAUCUGCACAGGCUUUCUUAGGUGCUGAAAAUCCCGAAGAUCCAUAUCUAGACGGUAUUAACUACAAUUGUGUAGCACCCGGUAAACGUUUCCAACCUAUGUCCAAUUUAUCGGGAGGAGAGAAAACUGUGGCAGCUCUGGCUUUGCUGUUUGCCAUUCAUAGUUACCAACCCUCUCCCUUUUUUGUAUUGGACGAAGUCGAUGCCGCUUUGGACAAUACUAAUAUUGGAAAAGUGGCGAAAUAUAUAAGGGAAAAAACAGAGUCGCUGCAAACUGUUGUUAUUUCUCUAAAAGAGGAGUUUUAUUCGCAUGCAGAUGCCUUGAUAGGUAUUUGUCCUGAAAUAAGGCCAUCUGAUUGUUUGAGUAGUCAAGUAAUAACGUGCGAUUUAACAAAAUACGAACAAUUCUGACCCAAAGAGAAAUCUAAAAAAAAGUAAUUAUUAAUUAUUAGUUAGUUAUUACUAGUUUUCUAUAUGUAUUCUUAUUCCUUAAGUAUUUAAAAAUUAUUAAUUUAAGUCUAAAUUGAAACUUAAAUGUAAUAUUCUAUAGCAUUAUUGUUAAGAAAUAAAUUUGAUACUUUGUAGUUAAUUUUGAAUGUUCUUACAAAUAAAAAUUGUUCUUUUA